GAGGAGGGAAGAGGUUUAUAAAUACCUGUAGCGGUCGCUUACUUGGAUUUCUUGUUUCUAGUGAUCCUGUGGGUGGGGGUUGAGAGCAGUGAUGAAGGUUCUAGGCGUGUUAGGAGGGCUCGUCAUGCUCUUUGGGUUGACUCAUGUUCGUGCUAAUGUGAGGGUGAUCUGCACAAUGACUAGACUUAUCGUUGAAAUGCGUCGGUUGCCCCUGGUGGAUGACUUGCCAGUCCAGCCCCACGAGCUGACCCUGGGUGAUGACUGCCCCGUCUCCACCGUGCAUUCUCAGUACUUAAUAUUCAAUUAUGUGGUAUCUCUGUGUGGCAUGAGGAUUUACGAACAACAAUCGGGUCUAUUAAUUGAAACUUCAAUCACAUAUAAUUCACCACAAUUAGAUUUUUAUGUUCACCUCCCCAUAGCAUGUUUUGUUCCGAGGCCAGGAAUUGAAAGCUGUGUUCAUUACAGACAUGUGGAAGAUACCUCAAGAAACUCAUUAAUAAGCACUAUAAUGAAAAGAGGAAGAGUACCCAGCCGUGAAUACAUGAUAGUGCAAAACACGUGGCCAGCGCUGGGUGCAAGUGAAUACAUGGAGAUGAAUCUAAGAAUGUUGUCUUGGUGAGAGCAUUUUUAUUGGUCAACAUAAAUGUUUACACUUAGGCAAAUAGGACGACUUGUCCCUUGUUGGGCUAUGGAAAUUUUACUGCUUCCAAAUACAUAGAGGGAGGGAUUUGAAGUACAAAUUCUGGACUAUUGAGUGAUCUUAGCAACCCUGGAUGCUUGGAGAUUUCACUGCUUUUUAGAUGUUGGAUAAAUGCAUAUGGGGAAUCAUCUUUGACCAUUUCAAUGUGACCUUUUAAGAUGAAAAAACUUGCUAUUCUAUCCAUGUUUAUGAGGUCUUUGGGUGGGAAAAGGUUUCUCUAGAUUUUAAAUUUGUGAUAAAGCCAAUUUUAAAUAAACUUAUGCAUUUCUUUGUG